UAUUUAUAAAAUGCAGCAAUUAUAUGGAAAAUAUUUGCCUUUGAUGAUUUCAAUUCUUCUGGAACUGAAAUCCAUGCAUUUAUUAGACCUUUUAGCAAUAAUAUUAGAAAUAAAAACACGUCAAAACCGUCUGGGUAUUAUGUACAUGCAACAAGACGUUUAUUCCAAAAUACUAAGCAGCAUUAUGAACGGCGAUAACAAGACUACAAAAAUGUAUCUUAGGUUGUCCUCUGCUUCGUUUCGAAAAAUUGUAACUCACAUUCCCAAAAAGCGCCACGGAUGGUCAGUGGACCUUCGUUGCUGUUGGCGUUCUUUGAACUGAACCAAACAUCCUUGUCAAUGCGCUUUUCCAGAAAGAUUCUGCGUUCUGAACUGCUCCCUGUAAAAUAGUAUUUUUAAUUAAAAAAAUACAUAACGCCUUUUCAUAUGUAAAUCUGAAAUUAAAUCUUACAAGUUAUAUGGCUUUUCUUUAUUUUUUUUUGCCGGCGGGACCAUGUUCUUUUAUUUCCACUCGCUUUUGUUUCCUUUAAUUUAUGUGUUGUUCGUUCUUCUUCUUGAUAAUGCUUGCUGUCAAAUUUUUCACUAGCCCUGCCGUAUCAAACAUUUUUAUUCACCUCAUAGCUGUCAAAAUUUACUAUCCAGAGAACUUUUCUAUCAAUUGGCACAGGCCCUAAUAAG